CGAAUUCCGCCAAUACCACACAACCGCCAAAAUGACGAAGCGCACAAAGAAGGUCGGCAUCACCGGUAAAUACGGUACCCGUUACGGUGCUUCCCUCCGUAAGCAGGUCAAGAAGAUCGAAAUCAGCCAGCACGCCAGAUACACCUGCACUUUCUGCGGAAAGGUCACUGUCAAGCGCCAAGCAACUGGCAUCUGGAACUGCCGCGCCUGUGGGAAGACUAUUGCUGGAGGAGCAUACACAGUAUCGACACCUGCUGCUGCUGCGACCCGCUCGACCAUCCGUCGUCUGCGUGAGAUCGCCGAGGUUUAAGAUGUUUGACACAGUGCAUUGGGAGGUUCUACAAUGGAGUUAUUACAUGGGCUGAAAUGCUCGUCGCCAUGGACAGGACGAGCCACGCUUUGCUAGGAACUCAAGGAAUGAAACUCUCUGAAACGAC